CGCGUCACAAGCACGCGGGCCGCCCGACGCACCGGCUGCGUACGUACAACGCGCGAUCCGCAACCGGCCGACGCAUGUUACGCGACUAGACUGGACUUUGAUUGCCCUUUUAAAGUUUAUAUCGAUUUCUAACAGUGUUUUUUGAAGAUUCUUCGUAUUGGAAAAAUUGUGCUCACCGGGAUCUAAACAAUACGCUUUUCCAAUGCAUAGUUAGAAUUGCUAUAUCCGGAAAAGUGCGAAGAACUGUGACUCGCCACCAUGUCGAGCACAGAGGCGAUUGUCGACAGCAAUAUGAACAAGACUAAUGGAAUCCAUCUGAAAGAGGUACAACUGAAUGGUAACGAUCUAGAAACCGGAGAGAAUCAUCUCAUAUCCGACGAACCCACACCAUGGGGUCGGAUCAUAGCCACGGUGCUCGCUUUAGGCGUCGUCGUGGCUGCCUGCACUGUCACGUGGGUCUUCCAAGAUUGGCAGACGAGCCUCAUAGUUCUAGCCAUACUUGUGGUAGUCUACGUCAUACUCUUCCAUUGGAGAUGGAUCUACAUCGCUCUGAGGACGGCGAAGAGGGAUUUCUCAGCCUUAUUCUGCUACAUAAAAAUCUUGCGGCUGUACAGAAGGUUCACUAAGAGGAAUUGGGUGAUGCCCGAUAUCUUCCACCAGCUCGUAAAGAAACAUCCGAACAAAGCCUGCUUCCUCUUCGAAGAUGAAACGUGGACCUUUCAACAGGUCGAGGAGUUCAGCUUACGCGUAUCAGCGGUCCUUAAGGCGCAGGGCGUGAAGUCGAGAGAUGUAGUGGCAGUUAUGAUGAACAACUGUCCUGAUAUGCCGAGCACGUGGCUGGGAGUUGCCCGCCUGGGAGCCGUGUCCCCUCUCAUCAACACCAAUCAGACCGGCACAGCGUUGAUACACUCUAUCAAGAUCGCUGAUUGUAAUGUCGUCAUUUAUGGGAGCGAGUUUGAGCCAGCCAUCAACGACAUAGCAAAGGAGCUCGAUCCGUCCAUAAAGCUGUUGAAGUACACCCGUCGACCACUCAACACGUCCGGCGACGUCGUGAGGGUGGUGGAAUCCGAAAACGACUUCACGGCGAUGAUGGAGACCACUCCUCCGGCACCCUGGACGUUCUCCGACGGUGACGGGUUCAACGGCAAGAUGCUGUAUAUCUAUACAUCUGGAACUACCGGCCUGCCGAAAGCUGCUGUUAUUUCUUCGUCGAGAAUGACAUUCAUGGCAUCCGGCAUUCAUUAUCUCGGUGGACUGAGCAGUAAGGAUAUUAUCUACUGCCCAAUGCCCCUGUACCACUCAGCGGGAGGCUGCAUUACUAUGGGCCAGGCCUUGAUCUUCGGAUGUACCAUAGUGUUGAGAACUAAGUUCUCGGCUUCUGCUUAUUUCCCGGAUUGCAUCAAAUAUAAUGCCACCGCAGCCCAUUACAUCGGUGAAAUGUGUCGGUACAUCUUGUCCACUCCACCAGCGCCUACUGACAGGCAGCAUAAAGUCCGCCGUGUCUACGGUAACGGAAUGAGACCUGCUAUAUGGACGGAAUUUGUUACUCGAUUUAACAUAAAGAGGGUUGUCGAGUUCUAUGGUGCCACUGAAGGAAAUGCCAAUAUAGUGAAUAUAAAUAAUAAGACUGGAGCAAUUGGAUUUGUAUCCAGGAUUAUACCGGCAGUAUAUCCCAUUGCUAUUCUGAAGGUUGACCAAGAAACUGGAGAACCCAUCAGGAACUCCCGAGGUUUAUGUCAGUUGGCCAAACCAAACGAGCCAGGAGUGUUCAUCGGUAAAAUCCAGCCCAACAACCCCUCAAGAGCAUUCCUUGGUUACGCCGAUAAAGCAGCUUCGGACAAGAAGAUAGUUCGAGACGUGUUCACACAUGGAGAUUCCGCUUUUAUAUCAGGUGACAUCCUAGUGGCAGACGAGUUGGGUUACCUGUAUUUCCGGGAUCGAACUGGAGACACAUUCCGUUGGCGCGGCGAGAACGUCAGCACGACUGAGGUGGAGUCAGCCGUGUCUCGUGUCGCGGACCAGAGGGACGCUGUUGUUUAUGGAGUUGAGGUCCCGAACAUCGAAGGGCGAGCGGGCAUGUGUGGAAUCGUGGAUGCGGAGGGCACGCUCGACCUGGAGCAGCUGGCUAAGCGCAUCGCCAAGGAUCUGCCGGCGUACGCGCGCCCUGUCUUCAUGCGGGUCAUGACCAGCGUUGAUAUGACGGGCACAUUCAAGAUGAAGAAAGUGGAUUUACAAAAAGAAGGUUUCAACCCAUCAGUAAUAAAAGACAAAUUAUACUAUUUAGAUUUAAAACUAGGCAAGUACCUUCCAUUAGGGCCAGAAGAAUACGAGAAGAUCGGAAUCGGACAAAUAAGACUGUGAUUAUAGUUAAGAUUAUCAUAAUAUGGGUAGAAUAAUUAAAUGCAUGCCAGACUGACUGCAGCCAUAGAUAGGUAUUUAAGCCUAUAGUGUUCACUCCAUAUAUUUGUUUCUUUUUGUUCAGUACCUAUCGUGAACUUGAAAUACUUAUGAUCAUUUCUUGACAUUCCUUCCUAUGUUUUUUCUUCUUAAGUACCUAUGUGUUUCUGUCUACAAAUAAACCUUUUCCAUUUCUACUUUUUAAUAAGGUAUAAAUAAUAUAAAGGUGUUUUAUUUAAUGUUUAUGUAUGGAGUGAACAUUCUAAGUUUACUUAUUUCUCCAUGUGAAUACUGAGAAUACUCAAACAGUUGAUUCUGGUUUGUUAUGAAGGGGCUAAAAGGACAAUAUGUAGAUAGUAAAAUAUUAAAGCUUGUUUAUAAAUUAAGUAUAAGAACAUGACAAUAACAUAGGUAGCGAAUAAAAGUAUCAUAAGACAGAGUAUUCCAAUGAUUAAUUUUUUUAGUUAUGAUAAUUUAAAAUGUAAUUUUAUAUAAGCGUUGGAAACCAGAAAAUGGUUUUGUACAUGUCCUAUGUACUUAAGCACCAUAAUGUCUGCUGUAAAUAUACUUGUAUGUGGGCUCAAAGAAUGUGAUAUCGUAAAAUAUGAGUGAUUGAUUAAAUGUUUUCAGUUUUCAA